AUGUCCACCACCAGUUACUGUCGGUUGUGUCUGCCGGUGUUGGCAGCGGUGUGGCGGUGUUGGCAGCGGUGUGGCGGUGUUGGCAGCGGUGUGGCGGUGUUGGCAGCCGUGUGGCGGUGUUGGCAGCGGUGUGGCGGUGUUGGCAGCCGUGUGGCGGUGUUGGCAGGUGUUGGCGGUGGCGAUGUUGGCAGCGGUGUGGCGGUGUUGGCAGCCGUGUGGCGGUGUUGGCAGCCGUGUGGCGGUGUUGGCAGCGGUGUGGCGGUGUUGGCAGCCGUGUGGCGGUGUUGGCAGCGGUGUGGCGGUGUUGGCAGCCGUGUGGCGAUGUUGGCAGCGGUGUGGCGGUGUUGGCAGCCGUGUGGCGGUGUUGGCAGCCGUGUGGCGGUGUUGGCAGCGGUGUGGCGCCGUGUGGCGGUGUUGGCAGCGGUGUGUGUGGCGGUGUUGUGUGGCGGUGUUGGCAGCGGUGUGGCGGUGUUGGCAGCCGUGUGGCGGUGUUGGCAGCGGUGUGGCGGUGUUGGCAGCCGUGUGGCGGUGUUGGCAGCGGUGUGGCGGUGUUGGCAGCCGUGUGGCGGUGUUGGCAGCCGUGUGGCGGUGUUGGCAGCCGUGUGGCGGUGUUGGCAGCGGUGUGGCGGUGUUGGCAGCGGUGUGGCGGUGUUGGCAGCCGUGUGUGUGUAA